UGUUUACUCGGCUCGAAGUUGCUUCGCACGGUUACCGUUACUAGGAAGAUCUUUUUCUUCUGCUUUUAUAACGAAUCUAAUAACUUGCUUGUACUAUGAAUUAUGAAUGUUUAUUUUUGUAAAUAUUAAUAAUUUGUCAUAUUCGUCAACAGAAAGGAAGGGAUCAGCCUCAUUUUCGAAAAUUACAAUUGGCAUAAAUCACAAAAUUGUUAGAGUAAAGCAGGGCAAUCCUUUCCUUGUCUGUUGGCAGAGGCCGGAGCGGCGCUCGACCGCGGGGCCGCGCUCGGCCGGCAAGCCCGCUCCCGUGGACCUCCGCACGGCCGCGCCUCACGCUAGCUCCGCGUUGCUCGCGUCCGUCCUCGCCGUCCCGCCCCCGCCUCGCCCUAUAACCGCGCCCGCGCCCGCGCCCGCGCCGCCCGAACACAAACCGAACCUCGCGCCCGCCCGGAAAGGAGGACGGUUCCGCUCCAACUGGCUCUCGCUCUACCCUUGGCUACAAUAUGACGAAAUGCAAAACAUCAUGUACUGUAACGUUUGCCGGAAAUGGGCGCACGAACUUACCGUCACUAGGACUUCGUUCAUUGAGGGAAACGCGAACUUCAGAUUGGAAAUAGUGAACCAUCACGACAAGUGUAAAGCGCAUAAAUUUUGUCAAGAACGUGAACAUACACAAAGUCUGCCACAUAGGAACGAUGCCGUUAGUUAGUGCAUCUAGGUUUAUAUAACCGGUGACCGUGAGAAAUAUAUUAGGGACUAUAAUUAGAACAUUUAGAACGCUGUGAUGUUUCUGCCUUGAUGUGAACAAUAUAAACCCCCAUCUUCCUUGCGUUGUCCCGGCAUUUUGCCACGGCUCAUGGGAGCCUGGGGUCCGCUUGGCAACUAAUCCCAAGAAUUGGCGUAGGCACUAGUUUUUACGAAAGCGACUGCCAUCUGACCUUCCAACCCAGAGGGGAAACUAGGCCUUGUUGGGAUUAGUCCGGUUUCCUCACGAUGUUUUCCUUCACCGAAAAGCGACUGGUAAAUAUCAAAUGAUAUUUCGUACAUAAGUUCCGAAAAACUCAUUGGUACGAGCCAGGGUUUGAACCUGCGACCUUCGGAUUGCAAGCAUUGAUGUGAACAAUAUAAACAUUACUUUGGAAAGUGCCAUUAGCAACAAACGGAAAGCAUUUAAGUAAUUAUAAUUAACAAUCAAUGAAAACUUCGAUAUAAUAUUAUAAUAGUGAUUAUGUCUAUGAUCUCGACUAUUGUUUUGUUGUUAAAAAAAGUGUGGUUUAUUAUCAAAUAGGUGGGUAUUUCAUGUAUCAGUACAAAGCAGUGAAUAUUUCAUAUUUAUACAUUGCACC